CUGAAGUAUCCAUCCAAGAAAUUUUACAAAUUUGAAAGAAAAUUGCAUGCCCGCAAAAAAAAAAAGCAUUGGGAAUUGUAUUGGCACGUACUCCGUAUAUAAAAGUGAGCCUGUUCCAGGGCUCCAAUACGCACCAUAUACUUGUAGUUCCGGCCAAGAACUUCCUAUUCUUUCUGCCGGCCAGAGGCAGCUAGGAGCACGCCAAAAUGGCCGCAACGGCGCCAAUGCUUAUCCACGUCGAGUCCCUCCAGACCGCCGUCCCGAUGCGCAUGGCCGGGGCGGGGAAGUCACUGCCCAUCGCGGUGUCCGGGCCGCCGCUCACCGCCGCGGAGCUGCAGCGCCGCUUCCGCGCCGUGCUCUACUACCGCGGCGCGGGCGCAGAGGCGGAGGCCGCGGCGAGGGAGCGUGCGGCGUGGGUGAAGGAGUCGCUCUGCGCGGCGCUGGUCGACCACCCGGAGAUGGCAGGGCGGCUGCGCCGCCGUGGCGACGGCGGCAACGACGACGACGACGACGGGCGCCUCUGGGAGGUGAAGCUCAGGGACACCGGCGUGCGGCUGGUCCAGGCCUCGGUGGAGGCCACCAUGGCGGAGUUCCUGGAGGCCAGGGGCGUCGACCGGGAACGGAAGGAGGCCGCGCUGGCGCUGUGGACCGACGUGGACGUGCACGAGCCCGACAUCUGCGCCCCGUUGUUCAUGCAGGCACAGUCAUCGGUCACAACUGACACGAUUCUCGGACGGCGGCUACGCCGUCGGCGUCAGCUGCAGCCUGCUGCUCGCCGACCCGCUGUCCCUCAUCGGCUUCCUCAAGUCGUGGGCUCGCAAGAACGCGGAGAUGCAAGCGCAAAGCAAGCACGUCGCCCACCCGGUGAUCCAGUACACGCACUACAUCCAGAGCCCAGGCGCCGCCAAGCGCGUCAAGUCCGGCACUUCCACGCUGGGCAUUGCGACCACCGCUGCCGACGACAGCACGACGACGACGACGACCGUGCUCUUCGGGGCUCCCGACACGACCUCCGACCACCGCGCGCUCGCCGCGGCCUGCGUCGGCAUGGCCAGCAAGAGGCUCGGCGGCGCCAAGCAGCCCCCGCGGUUCACGGUCAUGGCCCGCGACAGCUCGAAAGGGCUGCACGUCCAGACCUGCUGCGGCACGGUGGGUUACGGUGAUCGCGAGGCCUGCCAUGGGCAUGGACACGGACUCGCGGCGAGGGUCGCGCAGUGGAGCGAGGCCGGUCUCGAGGACCUGGCGCUGGAGGGGAGCAAGCCCGUGCACGUGUCCUACUCCAUCUCAUCGAGUGCCGACGAGGGGCUCGUGGUCGUGAUGCCUGCUGGUGGUGCCCAGCUCUUGAUCAGCGUGACAGUGCCGAACUACAUGUAAUUUCGAAGUGCCUUGCUGCUGCUGUUCUAUAGUUGCAUGAUGCGUCGUCACUUCUUCAGUGAAGAGUGCUGUGGCUGUACUUCAAAAAAAAAAUAUAGGCCUGUGAAGAUGGGACUCGGACCACUAUGAAGCUGUGACUUUUUUCACAGUGAUCCAGAAGUUCCUUUGUGAACCGUUCGUUAGCAAUGUACUGGUCUUGUUCGUUAAGCUUAUUUAUCGAAUUUGUCAGUCAUUUAGUAGUGUUUUUUUCUUAUAAUAAAUUAACAAAUAGUACUUUCA